AUGCAUGUGGCACUCAAUGGGAGCCGCCCUUCGCAACAACACAUGCGGCACCCAAUGGGAGCCGUCCCUCCAUACAAUACAUGCGGCACUCAAUGGGAGCCGUCCCUCCAAGCAGUACAUCCGGCACCUAAUGGGAGCCGUCCCUCCAAGCAAAACAUCCGGCACCCAAUGGGAGCCGUCCCUCCAUACAAUACAUGCGGCACUCAAUGGGAGCCGUCUGUACUAGCAAUGCAUGCAUGGGGCACCCAAUGGGAGCCGUCCCUCCAUGCAAUACAUGCGGCACUCAAUGGGAGCCGUCCUUCGCAACAACACAUGCGGCACCCAAUGGGAGCCGUCCCUCCAUACAAUACAUGCGGCACUCAAUGGGAGCCGUCUGUACUAGCAAUGCAUGCAUGGGGCACCCAAUGGGAGCCGUCCCUCCAUGCAAUACAUGCGGCACUCAAUGGGAGCCGUCCUUCGCAACAACACAUGCGGCACCCAAUGGGAGCCGUCCCUCCAUACAAUACAUGCGGCACUCAAUGGGAGCCGUCUGUACUAGCAAUGCAUGCAUGGGGCACCCAAUGGGAGCCGUCCCUCCAUGCAAUACAUGCGGCACUCAAUGGGAGCCGUCCUUCGCAACAACACAUGCGGCACCCAAUGGGAGCCGUCCCUCCAUACAAUACAUCCGGCACUCAAUGGGAGCCGUCUGUACUAGCAAUGCAUGCAUGCGGCACCCCAUGGGAGCCAUCUGUACUAGCAAUACAUCCGGCACCCAAUGAGUGA